ACAUGCUGCUCGCUAUUAAAUGCAGCCCGCGCCUCUCCUCUGCACCUCAGAGCGCUGCAGCCCGCGCCGCGAUGCACUGCCUGCCCCAAGCUCUGGACAUGCUGCUCCGGCUCCUCCAGGCUCAGCUGAGCGCCCUCUGGCUCCGCCUGGAGCCCUUCUCCUGCUGGCUCCGCGGGGUGCUGCUGCCGGGGAGGAGCCCCCCACCUGUGGAGCGGGGCGCUAAGGAGCCGUACGACGCCGAGGCACCCACGGUCCCCACCAGCGUCAACUAUCACUUCACCCGCCAGUGUAUCUGCUUCCACACGGCUAAGACCUCCUUCGUGCUGCCCCUCGAGGAGGCCAAGAAGGGGCUGGCCAUGCUCAAGGAGGCGGGUAUGGAGAAAAUAAACUUUUCAGGAGGAGAGCCAUUUCUGCAUGAGAAGGGAGAAUUUGUAGGCAAAUUGGUCCAGUUUUGCAAGCAGGAAUUAAAGCUGCCAAGUGUCAGCAUUGUGAGCAAUGGCAGCAUGAUUAGAGAGCGAUGGUUCAAGCGUUAUGGGAAAUACCUAGACAUUCUUGCAGUUUCCUGUGAUAGUUUCGAUGAGGAAGUCAACGUUCUAAUUGGCCGUGGGCAAGGAAACAAAAGCCACAUCGAGAAUCUCAAGAAACUGAGAAAGUGGUGCCAUGAUUAUUCUGUGGCUUUUAAAUUAAAUUCAGUAAUUAAUAGAUUUAAUGUUGACGAAGAUAUGAAUGAACAGAUUAAGGCACUAAAUCCUGUCCGAUGGAAGGUAUUCCAGUGCCUGCUAAUUGAAGGAGAGAAUACAGGUGAAGAUGCAUUGAGAGAAGCAAAUAGAUUUAUUAUCAGCGAUGAAGAUUUUGAACUAUUUCUAGAUCGCCAUAGAGAGAUCUCAUGUUUAGUACCAGAAUCCAAUCAGAAGAUGAGAGAUUCAUACCUCAUUCUGGAUGAAUAUAUGCGUUUUCUGAACUGUAGACAUGGACGGAAAGAGCCUUCCAAAUCUAUCCUGGAUAUAGGUGUACAACAUGCAAUAAAAUUCAGUGGAUUUGACGAGAAGAUGUUUCUGAAUAGAGGAGGAAAAUAUGUGUGGAGUAAAGCAGAUAUGAAGUUGGAAUGGUGACUCAAAGUAGUUUUUCAUUGCACAUUCGCUUAGUACUAUUAUGAGCUAUUUUUUACAUAAGUAUUUAAUGUUUAUGUUUAUAUUUUACUUGUAUGUCAUAAGAACAUAAGAAUGGCCGUACUGGGUCAGACCAAAGGUCCAUCUAGCCCAGUAUCCUGU